CAACACAUAGGCGAUGGGGGUGUUGACACACUUUUUUUUUUUUUGCUCCCCUCUUUUUCGCUACCCCUCGUUCGCAGUGACCUGCCUGACGUGCAGCGUGCUGACGCUGUCGGCCAUCUCGUGCGACCGCUUCAUCGCCAUCAUGUUCCCACUGCAGGCGCACGUGCGAGUGACCAAACAGCGCACCAGUGCCGUUAUCGGUGUCAUCUGGAUCACCUCCGCCGCCAUCUCCGUGCCUUUGAUCGUCUUCUCACGUCUGUACACUGUCUCUUGGACGCCGCUGGAAUCGGUGACGUACUGCGGCUGGACGUGGCCAACGGAGGCCAGCUGGGACGCGGAGCGCGGGGAGUGCGUGUUCGCCUCGUCGGGCCGCAAGCUUUACUACUUGCUGGUCACCGUGGCGCUCUUCUUCCUGCCCGUGGCCAUCAUGCUGACCGCUUACUCUCUCAUCGUGUGGCGCUUGUGGAUCACACAGAUGCCCGGAGAGCGCAGCGCUGCGAACAUCAACGCCCAGUGCCGCGCAAAAAAGAAGGUGAUCACAAUGGUGUGCACGGUCCUCAUCGCCUUCGUCAUCUGCUGGAUGCCGCUCCAGGUCAUCGUGCUCUACUCGCAGUUCGGAGACUCAAAACAACGAGACAAGGAGAUGCCGGACUGGUUCACCGAGGCGUCGUCAGUGGCCACGUACAUCGCUUACUCCAACAGCUUGCUGAACCCGAUCAUCUACGGCGGCUUCAACAACAACUUCCGCCAGGGACUCUGCACCGUGCUCCAUUGCUACAUGCGCAGGAAGCCUUCGCAGUUGCCGCGUGCUAGCAUUCACUCUGCUCGGAUGGACAAGUGCCAGCGGACGUGCACCAAGUCCCGCUGCACCGUAUCCAGCUUCCGGAACCACCACAGCUGCCCAGUCCCCUGCGGUGGCGCUAAGACCCUGGCGGGGCGCCAACGCUCGUACCAGGGCUGCUCGGAGCCCGGCCGACCCGCCAGCUGGGCCGUCGGACGACUGGUCUACUCGGCUCAGCGCGACCGCACCCCGGACGCCGACCAGCCGCGAGAAGCCGCCGCCGACGCUGAACACCUCCAAGGGGCCACAGAAGAGGAAACCUGCAUCCAGUGUCGCCACUGCCACAACAACGCUGCCGGCGGGGAGCCAGCCUUCGGUGCCCCGGGGGCUAAUGGAAACCUCGCCUGAGCGGGCCUCCACGGCGCGCCUGGUGGUGCGCAGGAAACCGCUCUUGCCGGAUGACCGCUCGCCACUAGAGCGCGUCGUCACCGCGCCGUCGCUCGAACCGCACGCCAGCUCUGUGGUCUACGAGGCUUCUGCGCAGGCGCACGCUCGUAAAGCAUCGCACGAAGGCAGCGGCGAAGCCUCCAACUCUCCCGACGUGCGAGUGUAUGCGUCGGCUUUCAGCGAGAAACUGGUCGCCUCCGAGGAGAAACGGGGCAACCAGCAGGUGCCGUCGCGCGCUGCCCGAGAGAGUUCCAAAUCGGCCCGUCGAACCAUCACCAUCCCCUAUAACGUGCCGCAACGCGCGGUUGUCAGCGGCGCAAAUGGACCAAGACCGCUCGAUAAUCGGCGUAUCGAAUCGUUUGCUCCGAAGCAGAAGCAGCGUGCCGCUGCUCCUGGCGCAAGUAAUUUUGUUGCGAGUCUUCCAGACUCUUUGCAUUUGCCAAACACACUGGUCCCAAUGCCUUCGCCCCCGCGAGCAGCGAAAAGCCACAGCGCACUCUCGAACCACCCCAAGCGUGCGUCCUUCAGUGCGCUUUUGCGACCAGCACCACUUUCUGCAAGAUCGCCUCCAAUUUCAUACCGGCGGCAUUACCGCCCUAGUAUUCCGGUGGACAGGGAGGGAAGCCUGGACAAGCGCGGUCCAGUGAAAGAUGACUUACCCUAUUUUAGGGAAUUUCCCUAUGGCGACGAUACCUCCAGCUACGAGGAAAACGAACGCCACGAGCCACAUGGACAAGGGAGCGAAGCAGCACGCGUCCCGCAUCGUCGACCUCUGUUUACUUUCCCAAAGCCCAUCGACUUCGGGCUGUCAAAGAUGAAUGAAAAAGGCUGCAAGACAACUGUUAAAGAGCUGAAGCACGUAUCGAAGGACGCGCUAGCAGUAGCAGGUUCACAUCUGCACUCUUUAUUCAGGCCCAAACGAGGGGUGGCCUCAGAACCGAAAAUGACGAGUAUCAUAAUGACCAAGGAAUGCUUUUUUCCUGAGGAUCCAGCAAGCGGCACCAGCAAUGUUGCCGACAUCACGCAACCUAAAGGAAAUGGCUUUCCUGGUCCUUACGAGAACCCCUCCUCGCAACGCACGUACCUCAGCAACUACGAUCCUCAAUCGAGAUCCACCCAUAAUACUCCCACUUACAACUCGUAUUAUCCACGCCCACAUAACAAUCGCGGCUUGCGAAAUUUGGCGAGUACGCCCGUAUUUCGAGCCAGGAAAUUUCCGACAAGGAGUCUAGCUUCUUUUUCCACUAGCUUCGACAACGACGAUGUGUUCAAAGACACGGCCCCGUAUGCCAGCAACCGUUACGAUGGAGGGAAUCUCAAUCGCAGGGGCUUCCGCGGCUCACCGUCGACCAUCUACGGGGAGGAUGUGAGGGAUAAAGAAGGAAGCAGUAGGGAUGAGUCAUCCUCCUACGCCUGGCAAGGCGCGCGUCGGGGCUUCAACAAGAACGACGACAGUGGUGGUGACGACCACGGUACCCAGAACCGCCAUGACGACAGUCCACAGGCCAGGGGACGCAAUCCGCGAACGCGCGGCCCGCCUCCGCCCAAGACGAGUAACCGGAGCUUCGCGUUCUACAGGCGAGAUGAGAAUCCGGAAAAGGACCAUUUUGUCGAGAGUUACUCCACGGCCCGCCGAAAAACGUUUGCGUCGGACUACGACAGCGACCGGGACGGGUUCUUUGAGUGACCCCGCGCUAGAACACGCAUAAUUCAUUUGCACGUUGAUUGUAGUGGGGUGCUGCUUUUUCCAUGUUUGUGAAACACUGUCUUGAUAUGCGUAUUCCGUGUAUAAUACAAUGUAAGUGCGAAGUAAAUGGUGAUGCUGCUGAUGAUCAUGAUGAAGGGAUAAAACGUGAAGGUGCUGUCGUUUGUCUUGUGAUGCAUUGUUUCUAAACUUACGGAGAAUAUACCCCAUUGUCUGUA